AUGAGAGUAGAGGUUCUUAUAUUCUUAUACAUGUUCGCAUACGCUCUGCGAAUGGUAUCUCAAACAACCAUAAUAAUGGACAAAGUAUGUUUAGUUCAUUUCAAUCAUUCUUCCAGCAUUUGCUCAAAUAUAUCAGACUAUCCUGACAUAAAAAACGAAGUUGUAAAAUUAGCCAACAACUACAUUAUCGGAUACAAUCUAUUGAGCUUUCUUCCUGCUUCCAUUCUUGUUACAUUUAUAGGCUCAUGGAGCGAUAAGUACAGUCGAAAAAUACCAUUAUUCAUUGCAUUGAUGGGCAUGCUCCUUGAUGACAUAUUGAUUACUCUCUUGUCAAUAUUCAUGAAUACCAGGGUAGAAUAUCUCUUUGUACCCGCCUUCCUCAAUGGAUUCUCUGGUAGCUUCGUGGCAAUAACCGCCAUAGCGUACAGUUACAUUUCAGAUGCUUCAACGCCAAGUAACCGGACAAUGAAGUAUACCUUGUUUCAAGCAUCUUAUGGUUUUGCAAUGCCCAUAGGAGUAUUAGCAAGUGGAUACAUAUUCAUGUAUUAUGGAUACGUGUCAAUAUUCUCGCUAGCUACAGCUGUACAUGUCCUUGCUCUUCUGUGGCUACUUUUUGCAGUAGCCGAGACGAGAGGAUUUGAUUGCAAAGAAACGUGGCCAGAGAAGAUUCGGAAUUUGUUUUCCACAGAAAAUGUCAUACUAAGCUUUCGAGUUGCAAUGAAGAACCGUCCAAAUAAUGGGAAAAGGCAAAUAUUUUUGCUUACCUUGUGCAUGAGUCUGACACUCCUACAUCAAGCUUCUUUAGGUGCUAUAGGAUUUUCCUAUGCUCAUCAUCGGUACAGUUGGGACAACACAAAAUAUUCUACCGUAUUUGGAAUCAUAGCUGUUAUUGGGACAUUUUCUUCGGUGGUCAUCGUCCCAUUAUUUAAAAGAAUGAAACUUGGAGAUGUAACGCUUGGUUUGGUUGGAUCCGUUUCUACAAUAGGCAGAAGUGUUUUAACGGGAUUGGCAUCGAAAGAAUUUCUUUUCUAUGCAGGAAAUGUGACAGGAGCUCUGGGCAUUUUAGUACCUUUAGCUGCACGAUCAAGGAUUUCAAAAAUUGCAUCUAAAGAUGAAAUGGGUAAAAUAUUUUCUUUUCUGUCUAUGGUGGAGACAAGUAUCCCUUUUAUAUUUUCUGCCGCAGUUACUCAAAUCUUCAACGCAACUUUAGACUUCUUCCCUGGAUUGAUUUUUAUAAUUUUGGGUGUAAUGUCUAUUUCGCAAGUUGUAGUAUUCUGGUGGAUAUCUCGGCUCCCAAAACCAAGCUAUGAUGAAAAUGACGAUCCAGCAAACAAAAUGGAAAACAAAGAACCUAUUUUCUUUAUUCGAAGCAACAGCAUAUGCGAAAAUGUUGUGUAGGAUGUUAGUGUAAUUUAUCACAACAGUGAUAUUGUUAUUUAGUUUUGUUGAAGAUGAAUAUCACUGCUUCCACAAGGAAACUAUGAUGUAAAUGAAGAUACAUCAAACUAAAAUAAAAGUAUAGGUAUAGCUAAAAACACAUAUGCUACGACCUGAAAAAGUCAGUCUGAUUUUAAAUUCAAUCAGAUUGUUCAUUUUGUUUAUUUAUUUUUAUUUAUUGCAUCUAUGUUGAAAUGUUCAUCUAUUUUAAUAA